GUUGCUUUCAAUGAUCCCUUCAUUGACCUCAAUUACAUGGUCUACAUGUUCCAGUAUGAUUCUACCCAUGGCAAGUUCAAAGGCACUGCACUCAAGGCUGAUAAUGGGAAGCUUGUCAUCAGUGGAAAGUCCAUCUCCAUCUUCCAGGAGCAAGAUCUUGCCAACAUCAAAUUGGGUAAUACUGGUGCUGAAUAUGUUUUGGAGUCCACUGUUGUCUUAACUACCUUGGAGAAUACUGGGGCUUACUUGAAAGGUGGAGCCAACAGCGUCAUCAUUUCUGCCCUUGUGUUUGUGAUGAGUGUCAAUCAUGAGAAGUAUGACAACUCCCUCAAGAUUGUCACCAAUGUCUCCUGUACCACCAACUGCCUGCCCCUGACCAAGGUCAUCCAUGACAAACUUAGCAUCAUGGAGGGACUCAUGACCACUGUUUAUGGCAUCACCUACAUGCAAAAAACCAUGGAUGGCCCCUCUGGGGAGCUCUGGCAUGAUGGCCAAGGGGCUGCCCAGAACACCAUCCCUGCUUCUACUGGUGCUGCCAAGGCUGUGGGCAAAGUCACCCCUGAACUGAAUGGGAAGCUAACUGGCACAGCCUUCAGUGUCCCAAACCCCAAUGUGUUAGCUACAGGUCUGGCCUGCUGCCUUGUACUUGAUGCCAAAUACAAUGAUAUCAAGAAGGUCAUACUCUGGAGUGGUGAAGCAGCAUUGGAGGGUCCCCUCAUGGGCACCCUGGGCUAUACUGAGGACCAGGUUGUCUCCUGUUACUUUAACAGUGACACCCACUCCUCUACCUUCAAUGUUGAGGCUGGCAUCAUCUUCAACAACCACUCUGUCAAGCUCAUUUUCUGGUAUGAUUAUAAAUUUGGCUACAGCAGCAGGGUGCUGAAUCUGUCUUGA